UGCCGUGCGCUGUGAAUUUUGCCACGAUGUUCUCGAAGCUAUACUUUUUAUAUAGUUUGGGCACAGUAUGAGGUCAGAUUUAUUGUUAAGCCAAUUUACCAUAUGUUCCAUCGUUUGUAUCGCUAGGUAAGAAUAACUACUAAUCCUUAACACUUUCAAAAUAUUGGAAAUUCCUUCACGACAACGUGUAUUUUAAACGUUUGUGUUAACCUGGUGUUGGAGGCACGCAAGUUAAAACUGGCUACGCUGCCGUGUUUGAGUGGUCUUCUGCCCCCUGCUGGCAUUAAUUUGCGAGUAGAAAUUCCCUAAAGACUACAGAUGACUGUGUUACCAUAUUGCUUGAGUAAUAAUGAUAAAUUAUGAUACUGGGUCUUGUAAAGUUUUAUCAUCGUGAUCCGACACAGUCACGCCACAACUGUGUAGUGGAACGAACGUAAGCCUUUUUGUGUGUGUGUGCUAUGUUUGGAUUCAAUUCUCAAGGCCAAAUUUUGUAAUCAGUUUGACUAUGACGACAUUGCGCAAUGAAAUGUAACUCUCAAGUGAAGUUUUAUACAUCCUCAUCAUGUAAUAGUCACCACGCACUUAUAUGGCAGGUUACAUCAAGGGUAUUCUAUCAUUUUUCCUAAUAUUAACAGUUAAACUAUAACUUGUACAAGCAUAAUAUAGGCAUAGAUCAAACAUUAUUUAAUGUAAAAAUGUGCAAUAAUUAACCUGUUUUAUUUAGAUUAUUUUGUUGGUUUCAAAUGUAUUUCAGUCACGUUAACAAGAGUAUUUUGAAUAGUUUUUAAUAUUAAAUUUACAAUGGAGAUACUAGAAAGUGAACCCACUUUUGAAGAACAAGGGGAAUUUCGGGCGCGUUCAAAUACAUGGCCUUUACCUCGCCCUGAUAACUUCAGUGAAAAAGAAGAGGAAAAAUCUGGAGGAACGACAAAGGUCAGUGAACAGGGACAAGGUUCACCUCAUUCUGAUGCCACAAUUGGAGGUCAGCUGCCCAAGAAGAGUUCAACACGCCGCAAUGCAUGGGGUAAUAUGUCGUACGCAGAACUCAUUACUCAAGCUAUUCAGAAUUCAACAGAUAAACGAUUGACCCUCUCUCAAAUAUACGACUGGAUGGUGCGAAAUGUGCCGUAUUUCAGUGAUAAAGGGGACAGUAACAGCUCUGCUGGAUGGAAGAACUCCAUUCGACACAACUUAUCUUUGCACAGUCGUUUCAUGAGGGUACAGAACGAAGGAACUGGCAAAAGUUCAUGGUGGAUGAUCAAUCCAGAUGCCAAGCCAGGGAAGUCUACACGGCGGAGAGCCACCAGUAUGGAAACUCAAAAAUACGAGAAGAAGCGAGGUCGUGUUAGAAAGAAAGUGGAAGCACUGCGAAGUGGAUUGGACACCAGUUCUGCCAGUCCACCCUCCAAACUUUCUGAAGGACUGGAUACUUUCCCCGAGUCUCCAACACAUAUUGGCUUCCAGUUGAGCCCAGAUUUCCGUCCUCGAACGUCAUCUAAUGCCAGCUCGUGUGGCCGACUCUCACCCAUCCCUGCCGUUGAAACAGACAUGCAUGACAAUCAAGUCCCAUGCUUGUCUCCCAUUCCUUGGGUUCCAGAUCAUAGACUCUUCAUGCAAUCAUCUGAUAACCUGGAUAGGUAUGGUGCUGACCAACUUGGAGACUCUUUAGCUGAGACAGUGAAACUUGAGGAGAAAGAAUUGGGCUACUUGAAGACGAGCCCUCCAGAAUACACAUCUCCAGUGAUUAGUCCUCAGAGUACUAUCACCAACUAUAAUCUAGACAGCUACCAGUACAAUGGGAAAGUGAAUGACGACUAUAAGUUUUUUAAUUCUCCCGCCAGUGACGAACAAACAUUCAUCAGGCAACAAUCUCAUGACCAAAGUCCAAAGCACAGCCCACAAUUAACAGAAAUCUCCAUAUUUCAAGAUCAAGUUGUUUCUCCUUGCCAUACUAGGCUCCAAAUAACACUGCCUAGAGCGCAGCGUUUGUCACCAGACUCCUCCAGUCAACAGCAGAACCCGACAGAUAUAUCUGUAUUGGAAGUUCUGUCUCCUGGUCACUCCAGUCAACAGCAGCUCUCAGCGGAAAUUUCUCCCUUGCAAGUUCUGCCUCCUGGUCACUUAAACCAACAGCAAUCUCGUAAAGAGCUAUCAAUUAUACAGGCUUUGUCUGCUGUCCACUCUAGCCAACAGCCUCUCCAACAAUCUAACUUCUUCUCUCAAGACAACAUGGCAGCAUUGACUUCAGAUAAUCUACCUAUAGAGUACUUCUUAAAUGGCACUUCUAAUGAUCAAGCAUUUGGCCGCUUUAUGCCACAACCCAAUCACAUUGCAUUGCCAAAUGACUUGGAUCUAAAUAUGGACAUUUUAGAGGGUGAUCUUGAGUGUGACGUAGAUCAGGUCAUCCGCCAUGAACUGAAUGUAGAUGGUAACCUUGACUUUAACUUCGAAGCAGCCAGUACAGUCACCACCAGUUCUGACGCAACAGCGUCAUGCCCCCCUGGUAUUACAACUAAAAACCGACGACCAUGGGUAUACUGAAGCAAAGUCUAGCAUUGGAGAUGUUUAAAGUAACUGUUCCACAAGGACUGUUACGUAUAUAUUCUUUUUUUUAUAUUCAUGUUUGGAAAGGGACAAUAUCAUCUGUGAAAUCUGUGAUUGAUUAUUAAAGCCAUUUCUGCUAUAUAUUCUAAUCUACGUUAAGUUUGAACUUUUAUAAUUUUAGUGAUUUCUUCCAAUGUUCUAAGAUUUUCCAACAUAGACUGAUUUUAGGCUUACUUGUAACCCCUAGUUUGUAAUGUUUGUAUAUUGAAGAAAGUGCUUGCGAUAAUAGGAGUUUAAAGUUAACCUGGGAGAUUAAGCUUUAAGGAUAUGAAUUUGUUUACGUUAAUAGAAGAUACUUUUUUCACAUUCAAAUUUUAAUUUCUUUUCAUACAAAACUCUUGCAUUCUAAGAUAGUUGUCAAUUACUAUGGCGUGUGCAAUAAUACAAUUAAUUGUUAUAAAAUGUCUGCUAAAGACUGAUAGACUAUUAGAAUUGUCGUUCCAAGUCAAACUUUUGGGCAAUCUGCUGUUCUAACACUUUUACAGUCCAGUGCCGUGAAUAAAUACUAUUUCUGAUAAGUUUGAUUUUUUUAUGAUGUUGAUUCAAGUUAAAAUCAAGUAAAGAAUGGUUAUCAUUUUCUCUAAAUUUAUGAUUGUUUUGCUACUUGAAAAUAAAUAAUCUUAAUAAUUCUCUUUUUUUUCAUUAUUUUAAUCGAGUGACCCUCUGCUUUGUUAUAGCUACUACGUUUUUACACGCAUGUUCAAGUUUAAAAAUAUAAAAAAUAUACAAACAAAACCAUGUUCAGAAGUUUAUAAUAUAAUGGAAGCAGGAUACCAUGAGCUUCUAAAGCCGUUACUGUUAUUCACGAGCUAAGAUGCACCAGUGAUCUCUUCCUGUUUGAUGGUAUAUCCGUCCGUGUCUGAACAUAUACAAUUUGUGAAUUUCUAAAAGUGAAUUAUUUUAAUCACACUAUGAGAAAUCACGUAAUUGGAUGAAAAAGCUAAGCCUUAAAGUUUAUUUUCUGAGAUGAUCCGCAUCUCUUGGAUACAAUGUCUUUAUUACUCACUUUGGAUAAGAAAAAUAUUGUAAUUUGAAUUUUGCUUCUGAAAAUCUUCAAGAAAUAUUACGAACUGUUAUAUUUUAAAUAAAUGAAUGAAAUGCAUGAAGUGCCAACUGUUUGUUUAUGUUUGUAUAUAUAAAAUCACUCAUUAUGAAACAAGCUACACAGUCACUUCCGUAGGUUUUGUAAAUUAGACAGAAUAAUUCGUUCUAUACAGCGCCUAGAAAUGAGAACCUACUGAAGAGUGAAUGACAAGAGUAUUGACAGCCUGUGUCCCUUGAGAGAAUUAUUUUACUGCGAAUAAUGUAUAUAGAAUGUAUGUAAUCUCUAGUGUUAUUGUAUAUUAUGUAGAAUCAAACUCGUUUUCAUUGUUGUUAUCUUCUUUUUUUAUCUGUAUUAUGAAUUAAGAGUAAAUCGUGUAAGAUAAUUUUCUAUGAGAUUUUCAUGUUUUCAUUUUACACUAUAUAGUAUAUAAUUUUUCAGGAAAAUCUCUCAUCUUUCCUUACUAUGUUUUAUUGCGUAUGCUUUUCUCUAUUUCUAAAUUUGAUGUACAUUUUUAAAAAGUUUACCACGGUAUAUAUUUCUGUUUGUUGUAUAUUAUCUUUUGAUAACUUGAAACCAAUCUUUACAGGAAAUGCACAGAUUUUUAUGUCCAGAUUUCUAAAUAGAAAAUCAGAGUAUCAGUUUUAUAAAUUAUGAAGAAAGAAAGGAUGAUUCUAGAAACCUUCUUUGAUAUACAGAUUUGUGUAUUUAUUCAACGAUAUUGAAUAACGGUAAAUCAGUUGUAAAAAGCCCUGGCAGCAGUUAUUUAAUCUGUCCGUUCAUCUUUCUUUGUUUUAAUUGUACAUCUUCAGAACUAGUUAUAUAAACUCAUUGUUAUUUUUUGUUGUUUUGUUUGUUUUUGCUUUCCAAUUAUGAUUUGAUGAAGCUAUUUGUUUGAAAAGAAAAUACAUAUAAUAAAUACGGUAGUAUAUAUAUAUAUAUAUAUUAUACUGCCGUGACUUGGUAAACCUAUAUUUUGUGUAGUGUUUGAUUAAUUUUACUAAACAAUUCUUAACUGUUUAUGUGCUUAACCUUUUGUACCACAAUAAACCAAGUUUGUAAUUCCAAACUGUAACUGGUUGAUGGUAGAUCUAAAUAUGUAACAACACAUCAGAAGUUUUGUAGUUUGCCUAUGUAUAUUGUUAGUCCACAACUACCACGUGCUAUGUAAUCAGACGCAUAUAAAGGAAAAUUUCAUGUAUAUGGAAUAUACUGACAUACAGAUAAGUUUCAAGUCACAUCAUAUUGACGAUAUGUUUAUGAAAGUUUAUCGAAAGAGGUUGAAACACGUCAACUUAUAACGAUAUUUUAACGUCACAAGUUCGUGAAUUACUAUAUCGGUGGUGAACAAUGGAAGCUUCCAGCUUUUUCUGCUAAAUUAUUCUGUUUCACUUCUUAUAAUCUAUGGAUUGAAAGCAAAACCUUAAGUUUGUUGUUGCCCAUCUUCAAAACAUUUUGGGUAGGAUACAUAUGAUUUUAUUAGCUUUGCUGGAAUAUUGAACACACUGAAGUUCCACAUUAUGAGAUUAAAUUAGUCUUCAACCAUUCAUAUCUCAUCCUUAAGUUAGCCGCUUAUAGCCUAGCCACUAACAAGUAAUUACGGUUAUGUGCCUUAUGGCAUGUAUCCAGGUUUAUAAAAUUUCACGUUGUUGAGUUUACCUGUCAUACUUUGACAGUACAGAAGAAGAAAUAUAGGAAAUUGACGAGUCUCUUACAUAACUUUGGCAAAAUAUUAUUACACCCAAAGCUGAGAUUCUAUUUUAAGAAUUCACGUGACCUUCAAACUGGCACAUAAUUUCAUACUGCCGACUUGAUAUUUUACGUCACAAUCGUAUUAGGAGUGUACAUUAUAUAACACUGCAAGUCGCGUUUCCAGCACAGUUACUGACAAUGUCAUUUCUUAUAUACAUGCAAAAUUACUAGCCAGAUCAACACGGUUUGUCUUGUUUUAUUUGUUAAAAAAACGAUAAAAGUACAAAAUUUGAAUAUAAGGUAUACCAUUGUAUUGUUUUGUAGAAUAGAUUCAGUAUAUGUGGUAAUAACGUGUAGUCUUUGUGAGCUUGUAAUGUGCCAUGAAGUGUACAGUGUAUGUGACUCUAAAAUGAAGUGGAUAAUUGUGAAACGUAGAUUGUUUACUAUGAUAUCAAAUGUACGUGAAUAACGAAGAAUGAGGAGACUUAGAUAAUUUAUUAUGAUAUCGCAUAUAUGAUGAGUAUAUUGCUUUGAUAAUCUUAUUAAGAUUAAAUUUUGAGAUAUCCAUUAAAAAUAUCAGGGUCAAAAUCUAAAUCCCUCUGGACUUUAUUAUAGUUUUCUCUUAACAUAUAACCUGGAACAACAUUCCUCAACCUAUGAGUCGCGACCCAAAAUUGGCUCGUCAGAAUGUGUGAAAUGGUGAGGAAGAAGCAUUGAAAAUAUAUAAAAUUUUUUCAUUGGAGUAAUAGAUAAUACAGAAAAGUGUAAUGUUCUAUGUAUGAUCUUAUGCAUUUAGUGGAGUAUAGAGUAGUAUUUGUUGGACUGAAAUUCGAUGUAUUUCUAUAGAGUAUUAACAUCUGUCAUGAGAAACAGUGCGCAUUGAAGCCAGAAGCCCAUAUUAUAGUAUCUAUGGUUUUUGUUGUUAAUAAUAAGAUAAGUGGUAUGUAUUAUAUUAAUGUUCAAGAAUAGUUGCUGUUCACUUACGUGCUGUAAAAUGAAAAUCUUCGUGGAAUGUUUCUUUAAAUAAAUAGCCUUUUUAUUACA